GAAUUGUCACUGCGCUGUCGCACCUGAGAGCAAGAAGUUGUACCAUGAGCGCGGGUUUAAGCUUGGAGAAAACAUCAUCUUUCAAGGAAAAACUGAAAUCCGAACCUCAGUUCUUACUGGCUCAAAAUGUAGCAACAUGUAUCGAUCCACUUGAAGUGUGUCUUCAGAGGCAGACUGUGCAGGACACAGUACACGUUUUCCAGCACACUAUCCCGGCAGAGGGUAAACCAGUUACGAACCAAAAGAACUCAGGAAGAUGCUGGAUAUUUUCCUGUCUGAAUGUAAUGCGUCUUCCGUUUAUGAAAAAGUUUAACAUCGAAGAAUUUGAAUUCAGCCAGUCUUACCUGUUUUUCUGGGACAAGGUGGAGCGCUGUUAUUAUUUCCUUAAUGCUUUUGUUGAGAGUGUGCGAAUGAAUGAACCUGUUGAUGGAAGGCUCAUGCAGUUCCUGUUGUCCAAUCCUUGCAAUGAUGGAGGGCAGUGGGACAUGCUGGUAAAUCUGAUUGAAAAAUAUGGUGUUAUACCUAAGAAAUGUUUCCCUGAAUCACACACCUCAGAAGCUACCCGAAGAAUGAAUGACAUUCUCAACCACAAGAUGAGAGAAUAUUGCCUGCGUCUAAGAAACAUGGUUACAAGUUCCUGUACAAAGGAGGAAAUUGCCACAGCUUUGGACACUAUGAUAGAGGAGGUGUACAGAGUGGUCAGUAUAUGCUUGGGGAGCCCUCCCGAUACUAUAACUUGGGAGUUCCGAGACAAGGAGAAAAACUUUUGCAAGAUUGGGCCUAUAACACCCCAGGAUUUUUACAAGUGUCAUGUGAAACCUAUUUACAAUGUGGAAGAUAAAAUAUGCCUUGUAAACGAUCCUAGACCACAAAACCAAUAUGGAAAAUUAUACACUGUGCAGUUCCUGGGGAAUAUGGUGGGGGGCCGGAGAACUUUGUACAAUAACCAGCCUAUUGACAUCUUAAAAAGAUUGGCUGCGCUGUCUAUAAAAGAUGGAGAGGCAGUGUGGUUCGGCUGUGAUGUUGGGAAACAUUUCCAUGGCAAGUUGGGCAUCAAUGAUUUGAAUAUAUUUGACCACGAGCUAGUGUUUGGCUUGUCUGUAAAGAACAUGAACAAAGCAGAGCGGCUCAUUUAUGGAGAUUCACUGAUGACGCAUGCCAUGGCCCUUACAGCUGUCACAGAGAAGCUCGGUCAGGAUGGAGAAUACGAGAAAUGGCGAGUGGAAAACUCAUGGGGAGACGAUCGGGGAAAUAAAGGUUACCUAAUCAUGGCGGAUAACUGGUUCAGUGAGUAUGUCUAUGAAGUUGUUGUGGACAAGAAGCAUGUUCCUGAAGAUGUUCUAGAAGUGCUGACGCAGGAUCCUGUCGUCCUGCCUGCCUGGGAUCCCAUGGGGGCUUUAGCUUAGUGGCCAAGCCUCGGCAUUCAUUUCUGAUGUGUUCACUUCACCUUCAAGACUUAUUACCCUCUUCCUGAACUGGUGUAGUCCUGGGGAAAAUAAACUGAAAGAAAUGCUGCAUGUCUUCAUGCACGAGAAAGAAGAGAUUGCUGUUGAAUGCAAACAUCUAAUUCCACCUUGAAUCCACCACUCAGGAAGAGUGUUUCUUCAUCCACAUCUGUGUAAUUUACAGAGGAAACUCUCUAGCGCACACAUACUUUGACCUUCAUGAGCAAAUUUUUUAAAAUUUUUUACAAUCUUUUUUUUUUCUGUCAAAAGCUACAAAUUUUAUGAUCAUCCGUGUACUGUAAACUGCUUUUACUUGAGACAUCUCUAAGACCAUAAUAUGAUAGACACCUGAAUACAAAUAAACAGAAAUUGGUUUCAUUUUGGUCUUAAUGCUGGAAGCAAGUAAAUUCUCUUUCUGACUGGCCAAACCUGCCGAGGCUUAUAUUAUUGGGAGUAAAAUGUGUAGGUUUUUUUGUCUGAUUUUAACUUUGUAGUUAAACAGAAAUGCCUAGGUACAAACCAUCUGCUUGGUAAAUCUUUCUUUACUUGGUCUUUAAGUUUAUUGUGGGGACAAGGAUUUCAUCAUUUCAUAGGGAAAUGUGCCCAUUUUAUUUUCCAUAUAUUUUACAAUAAAUCGACUAUACAUUUUUACCUUGCAUAUUUACAUUUAACAUUUUGAUUGGAGGUGCCCUUUUGCCUGCCUCAUGGGAGAUGAAAAGUUUCCAGUUACUAAAGCAAUGGCAGAUAACUGGUUAGAUCACAGUAGUGCCUUUAGUUACUGAUGGCACAUAAAAAACAUAACCUUGCACUCGCCAUGUUGUGAUUGUUAGUUUAGAUAGAGAUAUCCAGUGAGGUCUGAAAAAAUAUUGCAGCAGAGGCAUGAUGCAUAGGAACAGGUCUAAGAUGUUGCCUACUUCCUGAGGCUUCUAAGAAAAAAUGUUGUGACCUAGAUCCCACAAUGAAUCCUUGCUUAUUCCUAAUCAUGGUAUGUGCCUUCUAGUCUACACAAUAUUCAAUGUAAAAUUGUGUGCUGACUUUACACAUACCUGUGUUGGGUUUGAAAAGGCCAAAUCUGGCCUGUUUGAUUUGAGUUACAUUCUGUACAUCACGGUUGACCCUGGUACUAUAUGUCAAAGGUUUAUUGACCAGGGGCUUCCAGAGAGUGGGGGCUCCCAACUUUUUUUUUUUUUUUAACUUGUGAGCCACAUUCAAAUGUAAAAAGAGUUGGGGAGCAGCACAAGCAUAAAAAAGUUAAUGGGAUGCCAAAUUAAGGCCGUUAUUGGCUAUUCCAUGAGGCUCUGUUUUUCAGUUUACCUGGGUUUUAUGUAACCAAAACUAGCCUCCAUGCUUUGAGGCCACUGGGAGCAACAUCCAAAGGGUUGGUGAGCAAACAUGAUGCUUCUGAACCACUGGUUGGGGAUCACUCUAGCAUAUGAUGGACCUUCAUACAAAGAUAUGCUUAGGGGCUUAAAAGCCUAUGCUUUGUAUAUUUGGUUUGACUGUUCCAUUCUUUAUAGCUGGGUUGUUCCUGGUAUUUUAUAUAGCAAAGAGCAUAAUGAACCUUCCUAAAGCCUAGGUAUGUAGAUUUGGCACAAUAGGUUGUAAUUUUUAGAGGCAGCCUUGGAAGAUUCUUUCAUUUUUAUAUCAACUACUAGUUAAAUAGGUUGGUUCUUACUACAAUAAUUUCUCUGACCAGAGAUCUUAAACUCUUCCGGAUAAAAUAAAGGCUUAUCAGUGAUCAUUGUACCUAAUCGACUAAAGGAGAAAUGUUCCCCUUAUAUCUUAGUGUGUUACCUUCACUGAUUCAGUUGUGUCGUGUAACACAAUCAGUAGAACAAUGUGUAAAUGGCCAGAGCCUGAUUUUGCAGUCAUUCAGACAUUUGGAAUGGCUGGUCACUAUCGGCAGUAUGUUAUGCUUCCAGAUCUCCUUGACCGGUAUCUUUAGCUCUGUAGUUUUAAAGACAGUGAACAAGUAGACUCCAGAAAGGUUAAUGAGCUCCUCCAUUUGCUGUUGUUUUAUGUUUCCUUUCUUAUGCUGGUUUCUUGUAUUAAUAUUUCUCUGACUUGAUGGUGCUUUGAAAUUUUUAAUAAAAAAA